ACAUCAUCUGGAGGCACAAUCCUCUCGGCGCCGUAUGUCAGGAACCAUGAAUCACAUCCUGUUACCCAAGACCAUGUCCUACGCUCAGCGUCCUAAAUCCACACCCUUCACCGUGCUCUCCCCCUCAAGUCCAGCAUCGUCCUUUCCCAAGCCCAACCGGUCGCUUUUCCGCUUACGCCCUCGCUCCCCCAACCUCUUCCAAACCCAUCCCACAUUUGCUCUCAUCCAUCGUCGUAUGCGCGCACGCCGGUGAUACGCAUGCAAGACCGCCGACACCGCAAUAAUAACCAGAACAACGAGGGUGCCUUUGACAACGUUACUAGCAAUAACGCGUUUGCGUGCUCGGUAUCGAUUCGUGGACUCGAUCUGAUGGGGCCGGGGUCGGGGUCGGGAUUGGUGUCGUUGACGAAACUUCAAGACAAUGGAGAAACGGCGAGCUUUUGGUGUUGUGGGGAAGAAACGAGUCAGCAGACCUGCUGCUGUGCGGAAGAGGAGCGCUCGCAUGCGCAGCAUGGUGAGUGAGCGGACCCAUGGUGGUAUGGGGGUUUUAGUAGUUGGGAUAGGUGGAUUCUUGGGGGUGGCUGGGAGCCACCAGAUGUUACGAGUCGAAUACUUCGCUCGCUCGGGACUAGCCAUUAGCACGGCGAGCUCGCAGACAGAGUUUUGGCCAUAUUUCGUAGCUUGCUCUUGUGUCUUCACGUGGUGCUUCAAUUCCUUUGCUCGUUUCCUAUUUUUCCCCUCACCCUUGCUUCCGCCUCAUGGACCUCAGCCGCAACUGCUGAACGCCAUCUAUCUUUCCUCGCUCGGCCAAGGAAACCGAUGGGCGAGCUCUUCAUUUGGCGUCAUGUCCGAUUAUUC